UUCUAUAUCUGUAUGUUUGUUGCCAACUCAAAUCCUCUUCUCCGCAUUGCACAAGGAAUGAUAGAUAUUGUACAAUCUGAGUUUUCUGUAAGCAAGGAGAUAUAAUGGAAAGUAAAUUGAUGGAGAGUUUGCAAAGCAUGAAGGAUUUAAUAAUGUUCCGGAAUAUAAAGCUUUUAUCACAUUUGCUGGUGGCGCUGUUUGUUCAUGGCAUUGCUCAUGAAAUGUCUAGUCCAUUUCUGAUGGAAGUGAUUAGUCGCGUUUUGUGUCCUGAAGAGUCUACCUGUUCUUACGCGCUUUACCUUAAUAGUCUUCAAAAAACUUUAGCUGGGCUUCUAAUGAUUCCUGUACUUCCAAUAUUAUGUGAGCUUUCGGAUGAGUAUGGAAGGAAACCACUUCUCCUUUUGACUAUGUCUACUUCCAUAUUCCCUGUUGUUCUUCUUGCCAUUAGCAAGUCCAAGGCAUUCAUUUAUGCAUACUUCGCUCUCCGUUGUCUUUCCUACAUCCUAAGUCUCCGGAGUGUAUUCUGCAUUGCUAUUGCCUAUGCGGCAGAUGUAGUUGAGGAUGACAAAAGAGUUGCAGCAUUCAGUUGGAUCACAGGAGUAAUGUCUGCUUCAUAUAUCUUGGGGAGUUUGCUAGCAAAGUUCAUUCCUGGAAAGUAUAUAUUUGAGGCAUUUGUCUUGGUUGUUAUCGUUUCUCUUAUUGAUAGAAUACAUUAUUUUCAGCUGUCAAUUCCUCUCUUGAUCAUGCCUCCACUCUUUAUUCAACUAUUCGUGGCUGAGACUGCUAGGCGGGCACCUAUGACAAAGCAGUCACUCUGGUCCAUCUUUUUUAAGUCCAUCAGAGAGCGUUACAGUUCUAUUAAAUGUGCUGCUGCUGUAAUUUUUACCAAACCUAAUCUCAGGGGCAUUUAUCUGGUUUCUUUCUUGUAUGAGUUCGGCAUAUCUGGCAUCAGCAGUGUCUUAUUGUUUUAUAUGAAGGAUGCAUUGAAUUUAAAUGGAAGCAAAGUUUCAGAAACGUUGAUGAUUGUCCAAGUCGGAUCAGUUUUCUCACAGAUGCUGAUAGUGCCUGUAAUUAAUACACUGACUGGGGAGAAGGCGAUACUUUCCAUGGGAUUACUGGCAUCCGUGACUUAUGCAUUUUUCUACAGCUUGGCAUGGGCAACUUGGCUUCCAUACAUUAGUGUUUCGCUUGGAUUGGCAUACGGAUUUGUCAAACCUUCAAUAUGUGCUAUUAUUUCAAGAGCAUCAAGUUCAAAUGAUCAGGGAAGAGCACAAGGCUUUCUUGCUGCAGUAGAUUCAAUAGCAGGUUUCGUAUCACCACUUAUUAUGACACCAUUAACUCAGUGGUUCCUAUCAAACAAAGCACCAUUUGAUUGUAAAGGUUUCAGCCUGAUUUUUGCAGCCUUCGUUAUGAUGGUCGCGUUGUUUGUUGCUAUGCCAUUAAAACCAGAAACAACAUGGAACCAUGACCUCAAAGUAGUUCUUCUUACUUAAAAAUGUGUAUAGACAAUGUCAAAUUAGUUUCAGCUUGAAAUUGUAUUUAGUGGUUUGAAAUUCUUAGUGUAAAUAUUUUAUCAGCAGUAUAAGGCUGAGAUAUAAAAAUGAGAGUAAACUUCCUGC